GUGUUUGGCAAUAAGAUGAUAAUCCCUUCCUUGGAUGGGGACCUGUUCCAGUGGGAUCGGGACCGAGAGAGUAUGGAAGCUGUGCCCUUCACGGUCGAGUCCCUCCUCGAGUCAUCCUACAAAUUUGGUGAGGACGUUGUCUUGGUUGGGGGAAAGUCUUUGACAACCUAUGGGCUGAGCUCAUACUCGGGGAAGGUGAAGUACAUCUGCUCGGCCAUGGGCUGCCGCCGCUGGGACGACGAGGAGGCGGAGCAGGAGGAGACGCUGCUCUUGCACCGCACCCAGAAAACCGUCCGGGCUGUGGGACCGCGCAGUGGCAACGAGAAGUGGAAUUUCAGUGUUGGUCACUUUGAGCUGCGCUACGUCCCCGAGAUUGAAACCCGAGCUGGGUACCUGGAGAGCAACUUGAAAGCAACCAUCAACAAAGAAGAAACCAAAAUCAUUUCAGAUGUGGAGGAGCAGGAAGCUAUGAUGAAAGACACUGUGAUAAAGGUCUCAGUAGCUGACUGGAAGGUGAUGGCUUUUAACAGACGAGGAGGACAUCUGGAAUGGGAGUACCAGUUCUGCACUCCAAUUGCCUCUGCAUGGCUGGUCAAGGAUGGCAAGGUCAUCCCCAUCAGCCUGUUUGAUGACACAAGUUACACUGCCAGCAGUGAGGUGUUGGAAGAUGAGGAAGAUCUGGUGGAAGCUGCCAGGGGGGCCACAGAGUCCAGCGUCUAUUUGGGGAUGUACAGGGGCCAGCUGUACCUGCAGUCAUCAGUCAGGAUUUCUGAGAAAUUCCCAAGCAACCCGAAGGCUCUGGAAUCCAGGAAUGACAACUCCAUUAUCCCUCUGCCCAAGAUCAAGUGGAAGCCUUUGAUCCAUUCUCCUUCCAGGACUCCAGUGCUGGUGGGCUCAGAUGAGUUUGACAAGUGUCUCAGCAAUGACAAAUACUCUCAUGAGGAGUACAGCAAUGGAGCACUCUCAGUUCUGCAGUACCCAUAUGACAAUGGCUACUACCUGCCCUACUACAAGAGAGAGAGGAACAGGCGCAGCACUCAGAUCACUGUCAGGUUCUUUGAGGACACCACCUACAAGACCAUUCGCAAAAAGGAUCCUGUUCUGCUGCUCCACUGGUGGAAGGAGAUCGUGGGCACCAUCCUCUUCUGCAUCGUGGCCACCACCUACAUCGUACGCAAGCUCUUCCAUCCCCACCCCCACAGCAGGCUGCGGAAGGAGUCGGAAACACAGUGCCAGACGGACAGCAAGUAUGAGCCUGCUGCUGGAGACAUCCAGGACAGCAGCUGGAGUGAUGUCAAGAGCUCUGGAUAUGUGUCCAGGUAUCUGACAGAUUUUGAGCCCAUUCAGUGCCUGGGGCGUGGAGGUUUCGGGGUAGUCUUUGAAGCCAGGAAUAAAGUGGAUGACUGCAACUAUGCCAUCAAACGGAUCCGGCUGCCCAACAGGGAGCUGGCCCGGGAGAAGGUGAUGCGGGAGGUGAAGGCCCUGGCCAAGCUGGAGCACCCUGGCAUCGUCCGGUACUUCAACGCCUGGCUGGAGGCUCCGCCUGAGAGGUGGCAGGAGAAGAUGGAUGAGCAGUGGCUGAAAGAUGAAAGCACUGACUGGCCCCUCAGUUCUCCCAGCCCAAUGGAUGUGCCCUCCUUCAAGAUCCGAGCAGAGCCCUUCUCUGCCCAGGAGCACGUUGAAGUUGUGGCCACUUCCUCGGAGAGGGGGAUGUCUGUGGGCAUCCCCUGUGGUCAGCCUGAUACCUCUGGAAGCCAGUUUUCCCCUCUGGAAUUCUCUGCCACAGACAACAGGGAGCUGCAGCAGUCAGAGGACCCUCUGCUGAACCUGCAGGACAGUGUCCUCACAGGCUGUGAGGGAGAAGACAGCACCAUCAACAGCAAUGGCCUGGAGCACUCCUUGGAGAUGUGCUCCUCAGCUGCUCCUGGAGGGCACCUGAGGGAAGGGACCUCCUCUUCUAUUGUGUUUGAGGAUUCUGGCUGUGGCAAUGUCUCCAGUAAGGAAGAGAAAGUUGAUGUUUCACACGGGGAGAGCUUUUCUGAGGAGGAGGCAAAAGGUGCAAAGGAAUCUGAGCAUAAGAAAUCUGCCUCAGGAAGUCCUCUCUCUGUGUCUCCACCAAGGCCAACAAGUUUAAGCCUGGACCUUUCUAAGAACAUUGCAGACAAAGUCAAGCCCCCCUCCCCAAAGGUCUACCUGUACAUCCAGAUGCAACUCUGCAGGAAAGAGAACCUCAAGGACUGGAUGAGCAGAAGGUGCAGGAUAGAGGAGAGGGAAAGGACGGAGUGCCUGCAGAUAUUCCUGCAGAUAGCUGAAGCUGUUGACUUCCUGCACAGCAAGGGAUUGAUGCACAGGGACCUGAAGCCUUCCAACAUCUUUUUCACCAUGGAUGACAUAGUGAAGGUUGGGGAUUUUGGCCUGGUGACUGCUAUGGACCAAGAUGAGGAGGAGGAGUCGGUGCUCACCCCGAUGCCAGCCUAUGCCAGGCACACAGGACAAGUGGGGACCAAACUCUACAUGAGCCCAGAACAGAUCUGUGGGAACACCUACUCACACAAAGUGGACAUCUUCUCCUUGGGGCUCAUCCUCUUCGAGCUGCUCUACCCUUUCAGCACACAGAUGGAGAGGGUCAGGACCUUAAGUGAUGUUAGAAAUCUGAAGUUUCCACCACUCUUCACUCAGAAAUAUGCACAAGAGUCCAGCAUGGUGCAGGAGAUGCUGUCCCCCAGCCCCAUGGAGAGGCCGGAGGCUGCCGCAGUGACUGAGAACCCUGUGUUUGAGGAGCUGGAGCUGCCCCCCAGGCCAGUGCUGAGGCAGAGGUCACGGACAAUGAGCCUGUCAGGGAACAAGCACUGCAGGCAGCCCAGCAAAUGA